AUGAAGGUGCCCGCAGCUGCCCUCGCCGUCCUCCUCUGCCCCAUGGCCCUCUGCAGCCAGGUCUUCUCGGCACCACUUGAGGCUGACACCCUAACGGCCUGCUGCUUCUCCUAUACCGCCUGGCAGCUUCCUCGCAAAUUCGUAGCUGACUAUUUUGAGACCAGCAGCCAGUGCUCCAAGCCCGGUGUCAUCUUCCAAACCAAAAGAGGCCGGCAGCUCUGUGCCAACCCCAGUGAGGACUGGGUCCAGGAAUACAUCACCGACCUGGAGCUGAAUGCCUGA